AACGGACGUAGCUGCUUCUCACCACAGGGGGCGCUCUCACACACGCACGCACGCACACACACACACGGAACUAAACAAGAAGGUGCACGUAUAACCAGUUAAUCACUAACGUUAACCAUGACCAGUUAAUGACUAACCUUAACUAUAACCGGUUCCUCAGACAUUUAUACCUCAUACAGUAUAAAUCCUCAACGAUUCCGCUAAAAUAGACAGAGCAACAGUUGUCACGGUGUCUGCGCGGAGAUGAGGCGGCAGCGGCGGCCUGAACUCUGCGGCAGCUGCGCUGCUCCGCGCGGGGCGGGUUAAUCCGCGGGGCCGAGCCGAGGAAGAGGAGCCUGCUGCCGCUCACACACACGCACCCACACACACACACACACACACACACACGCACACACACGGAGGGAGACAGCGGUGUGUGUGGAGGUGAAUCAGCGGCGGCUCAUGCGUCGAUCAGCGGGGAAACGCACUGUUGCGUCUGCGGAGAGUUGACGCGGCUGCGGAGACACAAGGAGGGACAAACAGUAGAGACAGGCCGAGAGACAGGCGAGGGGCGCGGGGAGGGGCCACAGCCCGAGCCGGCUCUCCCCUGCUGCUCCACCCAGCGGUGUCGGAUGGGGGGAAAGCAGAGCACGGCGGGCCGGCCCCGCGGCGCUUUUCCCGGCGUGUCCACGGAUGACAGCGCGGUACCACCCUCGUCCCACUUCGGUCACUACCGGCCGAGCGGCACCAUGGGCCUGCGGAGCCGCUCCGUGAGCUCCGUGGCCGGGAUGGGUAUCGAACACAGUCCCGCCGUGCCCUUCGGCUUCUACACCCACAGAGCAACGGACUCAGAGCGGGCAGGUGGAGGGGGGUCAGGGGGCAACAGCACCACCACAGCCGCCCCGCAGCACGGUACCGGCGGUUACCAGGACACCGGAGGAGGAGGAGGAGGAGGGGGGGUAGUGUACCUGGGGUCCCGGGGGUCGCUGGCUGACACUCUGCCCCUCCACAUCACACCCCGCUGGUUCAGCGCACACAGCGGAUUCAAGUGUCCAGUCUGCUCCAAGUCUGUGGCAUCCAAUGAGAUGGAAGUUCAUUUCAUCAUGUGUCUAAGCAAGCCCCGCCUCUCCUACAAUGAUGAUGUGUUGGUGAAGGAUGCUGGUGAGUGUGUCAUCUGUCUAGAGGAACUGCAGCAGGGAGACACCAUCGCCAGACUGCCGUGCCUCUGCAUCUACCACAAAAGCUGUAUAGACUCCUGGUUUGAGAUAAACCGGUCCUGUCCUGAACACCCGUCUGACUGACUGACCGACCACCAGGUGACUGUGAUCACUGGUCAAGAACCUCUGGUCACAUGGUGGUGCUGUGGACACACGGAUGGCGACGCCCCCAAAACCUGAGGAAACAAUCAAAACAAGGAAGAGAGAAUCCAUCGUCAUUCGUCCACAAGACAAAACAGUGGAGCCGCCAUUUCCCAUCUGUAAGCACGUGGGAAAUGGCGGCUCCUUCCGUCCUCUGUCCGUCUUCUGUCCUCUGUGUCCAGGCUUCAUCAGACCUCCAUGCCUCUUCUCUCUCAGCCGUGGACAGCUGAGUCUCUCUGAGGGUCUCAGGUCCGUACACGUGUCCAGCAGCUGGACGUCCAUCUUCAAGCUGGAGUCCAUUCAGUCCAAUCAUCUUAUGGCCUUAACUGAGCACCGGAGAGGACAUGGAGCAGGAAGUGGAGCAGAGAGGAGGGUCGGCAUGGACAAGAAGACGAGGAUGAAAAGUUUAGACAAUUGUUGACUCCAGAACCUGGUCCUCUGGUCAAAGAUGAGAUGCUCUGGUGUGCUUAACUUUUUUUUCUUUCAUCAUACCUCACACACCUGAGCGAGCGUGGAGGCGUGGCCUAUACACACAAGACAAAAACUGUGACGGCAGCUGAUGGCAAACUAUGGAUGAGAGGAGUGGUCUGAGGGAAUGGGAGGGGCCAGCAGUGUUGUUGUUUAUGCUCCUGCAGUGUAAUGUGUGUGUGUGUGUGUGUGGCAGUCGUCCCUUUACUUUGCUGAUGUUUACAAAGAAGCGUUGACACACUUUACAUUUGAAAUGUAACCUCUGUUUUUUCUGUUUAGUUGAUGCCUGGUGUGUGUGUGUGUGUGUUUAAAUGACACCUCCUGCUCCUGCAGGUCUGGUUAAAGAGAUAGUUCACCUUUAUUUUUUUUUGAAAGUGUGAUUGUUUGAGGCACUGAC